AUGGCCAAGUCCAAGAACAGCUCGCAGAAAACGGUGAACAAGAAAGCCCACCGGAACGGGAUCAAAAAGCCAAAGACCCACCGCUAUCCUUCCCUCAGGGGCACAGAUCCUAAGUUCCGACGGAACCACAGACAUGCUCUGCAUGGUACCAUGAAGGCGCUGAAGGAGAUGAGGGAGGGCAAGAGAGAAUCCGCAUAA